AUGUCAGAACCAUCUGAUUCAAGUGACUGGGAUAUGGAAGUUGACGAAGAAGAUGACUUGCCACAGCCUGCACUGCUACGUCAAAGAUCAUAUACAAUUAUGCAUAUUUCUGAAAUCGAGCAGAGAGUAAAUGAACUAGUUUCAGAGUACUCAGAACUUUUAGGAAUCUCCAAAGAUGAAGCUUUAAUUUUGCUUUCUCAUUUCCGCUGGAAACUCCACAAGCUGCAAGACGCCUGACUUGAUAACGAACUUAAAGUUCGUAUUGAAGCAGGAAUUUCUUUGCCGCCAGCAGGCUAUAAAGUAGCCCAAAGCAGGGGAAAAAAAUUAGGCUCAAUCAAAUUGGUAAGAGGAACUGAAGGCUGCUGCCAAAUUUGCUAUGAAAACAAUGUGGACAGAGAUGCCCUGCAGUGCGGGCAUUCUUAUUGUAAGAGCUGUUGGAGACAAUAUCUUGAACAUCUUUUAUAUGAGCGAAUUAUAACAGGAACAAAGUGCCCUAUGCAUAGCUGUCCACUAAAAGUGCCUGAAAGCAUGAUUUUGGGAUAUUUAAAAGGAGAAAAAGCUGAGAAUUAUAAAAGGCUAAAAUGCGAAGAAUUUAUUAAUCAAAACCAGGCUUAUCAUUGAUGCCCAGCGCCAGGCUGCAAUUUUGUUGUUGAAUAUGAAAAUCUAGGUGUCCAUGAAAUCGGCUGCAAAUGUGGGUACGUUUUUUGCUUUGCUUGCGGAGAAGAAGCUCAUAGGCCAGUUACGUGCAGCUUGGUAAAAGAUUGGGUUGUGAAGAAUUCGGCUGAAAGCGAAAAUAUCACUUGGAUUAUUGCAAACACAAAACAAUGCCCUAGGUGCAGGAAUCCGAUAGAAAAAAACCAAGGCUGCAACCAUAUGACUUGUAGGAGAGAAGUAAAUGGCUGCGGCCAUGAAUUUUGUUGGCUGUGCUUAGGACCUUGGACAGAUCAUAAUUCAGCAACUGGAGGCUUUUAUAAAUGCAAUAAAUAUGACGAACUGAUGUCAGGAACCAACAACGCAUUUAAGCAAGAAGAGCACAAGAGAGAAAAAGCGAAGACCGAGCUAGACAAAUAUAUUUGGUAUUUUGAAAGAUAUAAUAACCAUCAUUAAGAUUUUUUUAAGAUUAAGAUUAGCCCGUUCGCACUUGCAGGGCCGGGGAUUUGCACCCCUUCACGCUCUUCGCCUAUGGUGAUGCCUCGGCGGACACCCUCCUUGUUGCCUCAAACAAGGGAUUCGCACAACGUGGGUUGUCUUUCCGAAAAUCCAUUAAAAAAAAAUGGAUUUUCUGAUCGACUGUCGGUAGAAGGUAGAACUCGAAAGCCUGGAACGUAACGCCCAGUUUCACGCUAGGGAGUUGCCCGAUUGGUCUAGUGGACUCUGCUGGGCUUCCCCUUUCCAACCUCCGUGCUCAUCUUCCCCACGAGGAGAAAACCACCCCUGAAUUUAGACUUGGGCUAGGCUCUGAACACAACCAGAAUUGCUUACCUAGCAUUUUCGUCCAUUUCUGGCCAUGCCCAGACGAAGACGCCAUAUUUUUAUUUAUCAUAAUAAACCAUCAUAAAGCACAGAAAAUAGCUUCAGAGAAACAAGUGCCAGCAAUGGAAGAAAAAAUGCAAGAAUUACACGACUUAAAGCAGUAUCCAAUAGGGGAGUUGGAGUUCUUAAAGCAGGCAGCAGAGCAAGUAGUUAAAUGUAGGAGAGUGCUGAAAUGGACUUAUUGCUUUGGAUAUUAUUUGAAGUCUGGAGCAGAAAAAGAUCUAUUUGAACACCUACAAGAAAAACUAGAAGAAAAUACUGACUCCCCCCCCUUUAAAUUGGAACUAAAAAUUUUUUUCCAAUUUAAAGGGGGGUUAAUUUUUUUUUUAAAAAAAAAUAUCAAUAUAAAAUUUUUUAUAAAAAAUAUAAAAAUUUCAACAAAAAAAAAUUUCAAAAUUUAUCGAAUUAGAUUAAUAAAUUUGUUUAAUAAAACGCUAUUUACUCUUUAUCCUUUAAAACAAAGCAAGAUAUAACUAAAUUUUUAUUAUUAGUUAAUACGCAACUAUUAAUUGGUAUCAAAAUUAUUUACACAAAAAUUAUUAUUUUUAUUGAUAAAAAAAAAAUUAAAAAAAAAAAAUUUUGGAAAAUUUAUCGAUCAAAGUGCUAACUUUGUUUAAAUAAGAUGUUAUUUAUACUCUAUUCUUUAAAAUAAAGCAAGAAAUAAGUAAAUUUUGAAAUUUUAUAAAGAAUUCCUAUUGAAUUUAUAUCAAAACUAUCCAAAUAAAAAAUAUCAUUUUUAUCAAAAAAAAAACAAAAAUUUUUUGAAAAUUUUUAAAAAAAAAAAUUAAUUUUUUUUUAAAAUCUACCAAUUAAGGAUAAUAAAUUUAUUUAAAUAAGAUGCUCUUUAUACUUUUUUCUUUAAAAAAAGAGCAAGAUAUAAAUAAAUUUUUAAUUUUAGUUAAGAAGAAACAUUUAACUUAUAUCAAAACUUUUUAGAUAAAAAUUAUAUAAAAUUUUUAUUAUAAAAUUAAAUUUUGUUCCAAUUUAAAGGGGGGUUAAUUUACCAAAAAAGUGGAAAUUUUACCGAUAUUUUGUUCCAAUUUAAAGGGGGGUUAAUUUACCAAAAAAGUGGAAAUUUUACCGAUAUUUUGUUCCAAUUUAAAGGGGGGGGAGUGAGCAUCUCCAUGAACUUAUUGAGAAACCUUUAGAUAUGUACAUGUCUCCGGAUACUAUUGACAGGUCUCCGUUUUAUCAAUACAAAAGUGAGCUUACUAACUACUUUCAAGUAACCAAAACUUUCAUGGAACAUUUAUUAGAUGGAAUCGAAAGCGGCUUAACCGCAUAA